CAACAGGUAUUAUGACAAUAAUUUUAGUCUUCGUCUUUUCUCAUUAAGUAACGGAUUCAUAUUCGUUGAAUAUUUAUUUAUUCAUUUAGUUCUUAAAAAAACUAUAAAUUAUAACAAAUUAAAAUGAGUGCCAACUGGGUCCCAACAAAUGUUUACUCUGGAGUACCUCCAAUGGCCGUCCAAGCCGGUCAUGACAGUGAUGGUGAUGCGAUCUUUGUAGGUCGUGCCUACCACAAUGGUGAUCUUUUGCCAGCCAAAGUAGUACCAAACAAAAGUCAGGCCUAUGUUGCCUGGGGAGGUGAAGAAAUCAACAAGCACGACGUUGAGGUCCUAACAGGAACCCAUUACGUUUGGUUGCCAUCAAGCUGUGGUUCAGUACCUCCACAUGCCGUCACUGUUGGACCAACCUCAUGCGGUGAACCACUCUACAUUGGCCGUGGUCAUUGGGAAGGCAGUCUUACCCCCGGUAAGGUGCAUCCUUCUCACGGUUGCCUGUACAUUCCAUACGGUGGACGGGAGCACAAAUUAGACCACUACGAAGUUUUGGUUCAACCAGAAACAUGGGUUUCCGCCUCGGGAAGCUAUGUUGUUCCCGGAACAGUUCAUGCUGGUCAAGAUGCCGAUGGUGACGCCAUCUAUGUUGGACGUGCUUACCAUGAGGGCGAUUUGUUACCUGCCAAAGUUGUGCCUAGCAAGGGAUGUGCCUAUGUUGCAUGGGGUGGACAAGAACAUGUCAAAUAUGACUUUGAGCUAUUGACUGGUUAUGGAUACGGAUGGAUGCAUGGUUCAGGUGAAAGUGUUGCACCUGGAGCUGUUAUUUGUGGGCGUACUUCUGAUGGUGAGCCAUUGUACAUUGGACGUGGACAUCAUUGUGGAAGUUUGACACCUGGAAAGAUUCAACCAUCUCACCAUUGCUUGUAUAUUCCUUUCGGUGGUCAGGAGGUCCGAAUUCAUGACUAUGAAGUUUUGGUCAGAAAUUAGAUUAUAAUGUAAAGUGGAGAGAUGAAGUUGAGUUGUGGAGAUAUUAAGGAGUAAAAAGAUGUGUAAAUUUUUAAACCAGUUUAUUUAAUUAAUAAAAUUAAUGUUUUUUUUUAUAUAAAA